CGCCAACAUCCCCCUCUCCACCCCUCAUUCGCAGUAACUGCUUGGUCGCAAGGGCUCCCUAGAGCGCAAAGCUCUUCCUUAACUCAGACUCCUGGUCUGGAUCUCAAUUUUCAACCUCCGAAUCCGCCAUUCUCUUCCUCCAUCUCCCCACACCUCCCAAUGUCUGAGACUCAGCCGGCUCAAGCUCCCUCCGGAUCGCAAGGCCCGAACCGAGGCGGUCGUAGGCGCGGACGCGGGGGAGGUUUCGGAGCUGCUCGCCAACCUGGACAAACUGAACCCUCGCAACAAUCAAGUGACGGCCCAGGAAAGGGAGCAAGAUCCAGAGGUCAUGGACCCCGCCGCGGAGGCGGAGGCGGCGGCGGAGGUCGCGACAAACAGAAAUCCGCCGCGAGCAAUGUCGCUGGGGGACCGACAGAUUCGGAUACCACGACCACAGAAGAGAGCAAAGGGAAGCAGGCGAUCACAGAGGCUACGGACGAUGCGGAUGAUGGGGAGAUUUGCUUCAUCUGUGCUUCGAAGGUUGAGCAUACUUCAGUUUCACCGUGUAAUCAUCGCACCUGUCAUAUCUGCGCGUUGCGAUUGAGAGCAUUAUACAAGAACAAAGCCUGCGCACACUGUCGGACGGAAUCCAGCUUUGUGAUCUUCACAGACGACCAUGCUAAGCGCUUUGAAGAUUUCACAGAAGCGGAUUUCUCCCAGAAGGAUGACAAUCUUGGAAUCAAGUAUGAGAGUGGUGAGAUCUUUGAGGAUACAGUCCUGUUGCUGCGGUACAAUUGUCCUGAAAGGAGUUGUGAUGUCGCUUGCUUGGGUUGGCCUGACCUGCACCGCCAUGUUAAGACCAAGCAUGGCAGGGUGAUGUGUGAUCUUUGCACGCGAAACAAGAAAGUCUUUACGCAUGAGCAUGAGCUGUUCACUAAUCAAGAAUUGCGCCGACACGAGAGACAUGGAGACGAUGUCCCGGGUGCUAUUGACCAGAGUGGGUUCAAGGGACACCCAGAGUGUGGUUUCUGUCGACAGCGUUUCUACGGCGAUGAUGAACUUUACGCUCACUGUCGUGACCGUCAUGAGCGGUGCCACAUCUGCGAUCGACGCUCUGAGAACCGUCAACAACAAUACUACAUUGACUACAACGCCCUUGAAGACCAUUUUCAAAAAGACCAUUUCCUCUGCUUGGAUCGAGAGUGUUUGGAGAAAAAAUUUGUGGUCUUCGAAUCACAAAUGGAUUUGAAAGCACACCAGCUGGAAAGCCAUCCUAACGGCCUUUCUAAGGACGCAAGACGCGACGCACGCACAGUUGACCUUUCAACAUUUGACUACAGGACCCCGUACCAGCCUCAACGGCCACGUCGUGGUGCAGGUCGGGGACGCGAUCCCAACGCGGAGCCUCUGCCUGUUUCAAGCGCGCAGCCACUGCGACGAGACGAAUUAGCCUAUCAACGACAGAUGGCUAUUCAAAGUGCACAGUCUGUCUCGACCCGAAGCUUUGGCGGCCAGCUUACCCGCAGUGACACUCAGCCCGUGCGCGCUCCUGCUAGAUCCGCGACCGCCACACCUGCGCAGACACCACCGGCUGCCUCAACGCCCGUGGCUGAGAUGGAAAACCUCAGUCUUACCGCAGACGCGGGACCGGUUUCCCCUCAGGAACAAGCACGCCGCCUGCGCCAUGCGGCCGUGGUUGAACGCGCCUCCAACCUGCUCGCGAACGACAGGAACAAACUCAAUGAAUUCCGCACCAGAGUUUCCAGCUAUCAGUCCAACUCCAUCUCGGCCACCGAGCUAAUUGACGCUUUUUUCUCCCUGUUCGACAAUUCCAGCACAGAGCUGGGUAAGUUGAUCAAAGAGCUCGCGGAGAUAUAUGAGGACGACAACAAGCGCAGCUCGUUGCUCAAAUCGUGGAACGACUGGCGCGCCAUCAACGAAGACUAUCCCGCCCUUCCCGGACCCGGCGGCACCAUCCCUGGCAUGUCCCCAGGCACCGUCAACGGCAGCGGCGUGGGAGGGAAGCGUGUUCUGCGUCUCAAGUCCUCCACGGCGCAGUCCUCCCGGUCCGCUGUCGGCAGAAGCGGCGCCAUGCCCUCUUCCUCGUCUUCAUCGACCACCGCCUUCCCUCCCCUUUCGUCCGCCACUGCUCGCUCUGCUCCGAAAUCCAAGCCAGCCGCAGCCACACCGUGGGCCGGCUCAGCACCCUCCCCCGCCGCUCCUUCGCCCUCCAUCGCCCCCAGUACCUACUCGACUCGCUCGGCAGCUCCCGCAACCUCCCGCCCUGUUAAGGCCAACAGCGCCGACGCGUUCCCCGCCCUCCCCGCAGCCCCCAAGCCUAACGUCCUCAUGGCCGGCCUCACCCGUGGAACAGUCCGCUGGGACGACCGCCGUGCACCUCAGGUCAACGCUUGGACCUCCUCUUCACGCAACGAGUCCAGCGCUAACUCUACUGCGGAGGGGGACGACUUCCCUGCGGUCGGAGCCCUUCACACAACAAAUCAAAUCACCUCCACAAUGGCGACUCUCUUGCCUCCUCCAACUAAGCGCCAGAAGACGGAGAAUGCCGAGAAGGCUCGUCUUCAGCAAGAGAUCGAGAGCAUUCCGGAUAACUUGGGCAGCGUCCGAGUGCAGUUUUUCGACCAAGCGACAGGAGCGGCAACCGGGCCAGCAGUGUCCGUUCCAGUGGCUGAUGCCAAUGUGAAGAACUUGGAGACGCUUCUCAACACUCUACAAGGCAAUGAAGAUGAUGAGCGGGUGCCAUAUCGGUUUACCUACCAGUCCGACGAUAAGGACAAUCAGACGAUCGACAUCCUAGCACAUCUGUAUCAUACCCUUCUCAAGCCCGGUCUCAAGACUACCGAAGAUACUGUCCACCUAUACUACACGCCGCAGGCGGUUUUCCGAGUCAAGGCUGUCUCGCGAUGCUCUGCCUCUAUCGCUGGACACGGCGAAGCGAUUCUGGCCACGUCCUUCUCCCCCGUCAAUUCAUCCACCAUGGUGACCGGCAGUGGUGAUUCUACGGCGCGUAUCUGGGACUGCGAUACGGGAACUCCCAUGCAUACAUUGAAGGGUCACACUAGCUGGGUGCUGGCAGUCAGCUACUCGCCCAACGGCGCGAUGGUUGCGACGGGAAGCAUGGACAACACGGUUCGGGUCUGGGACGCGAAGAAAGGACAAGCUCUAGGUGCCCCCUUGAAGGGUCAUGCGAAGUGGAUUACCAGUCUGGCUUGGGAACCCUACCACCUGCAACAGCCCGGGCGACCGCGCUUGGCGUCGGCCUCCAAGGAUUCGACGGUCCGGAUCUGGGACGUUGUCAGCAAGCGCAUUGAUAUGGUUCUUACCGGUCACAAAGGCUCAGUCACCUGCGUUAAGUGGGGUGGCACGGGCAAGAUCUAUACGGCGUCCCACGACAAGACCGUCAAGGUGUGGAAUGCUGAGAACGGAACCCUGAUCCAGACCCUGUCUGCCCACGCACACCGGGUGAACCAUCUGGCUCUGUCCACGGACUUCGUCCUCAGAACCGCGUACCACGACCACACUGGCAAGGUCCCGCAAGCCGAUACCGAGAAGGUUGCUGCCGCGAAGAAGCGGUAUGAGGACGCAGCCACCAUCAACAACAAGAUCGUCGAGAAGCUCGUUUCUGCCAGUGACGACUUCACUAUGUAUCUGUGGGAACCGGAGAACUCCAGCAAGCCCGUUGCGCGACUGCUGGGUCACCAGAAGGAGGUCAACCAUGUCACAUUCUCGCCGGAUAUGGCAUACAUCGCUUCGGCAGGGUUCGACAACCACGUCAAGCUCUGGAAUGCCCGGGAUGGAAAGUUCAUCACCACUCUCCGCGGCCACGUCGGAGCUGUCUACCAGUGCUGUUUCUCCGCCGACUCCCGCCUUCUGGUCUCCUCGUCGAAAGACACCACGCUCAAGGUCUGGAAUGUUCGUACGGGCAAGCUGUCCGAAGAUCUGCCCGGCCACAAGGACGAAGUCUUCGCGGUAGACUGGAGUCCCGAUGGGCAAAAAGUGGGAAGUGGCGGUAAGGACAAGGCCGUACGGAUAUGGCGUAAUUAAUGUCGAAAAGUUUUUGUCGUUCUCUUUUUCGCUUUUGUCGAUGAACAGUAUAUAGAACCAGAUACCCUGUUUUUACCCUGGACAGUAUGCUACGU